CCCGGUGAGUCCUGCCCGGUUCCCGGGGCAGAGCGGCUCCUCCUCCCUCUGGAAUAUAUAGAUAUUCUCCGCUCCCUUCGCCCUCCGUCGGGGAAGUUUGGCUGUGCGGAGCCGCCUUUCUCUCCCGGCGCAGCAGGACCGGGAACUGCGGAGUCAAACCAGCGGAUGAGCUGCCCACUUUCCCCCGGGCAUUGACAAAACAAAUAUGUUUCCUCUCAUACAACGGUGCUGCUUCCACACACCUUUCAAACUGCAGAGAUUAACUGGUCCCAGUCUGCUGUGCUGUGGGAAGAAUAAGACAGCUUGGUCGUCCUUGGCCCUCCGGCUGCAGAGAGAUGCGCAUCCUCUCUCAACAUCUCUGAACCUCAAACCAGCAUCAGUUUACACAACCAAGCUCCAGGCUUUUCACACCUCUCUCCCUGUCUUCAAGAAGAAAACCCCUGCAGAAUCUGAGGCAGAAUCACAGAAAAGCCUGGAAUCACUGAAGGAUUCUCCCAAGCCAGCCCUUUACUUAAGCCUUGGGGGGCUAAUUCCAUUUGUGGCCGUGCCACUGACCAUGGCCGUGCAGGGGACCUACUGCCCUCAGCUGGCCUUUGCUCAGGUUGCCUACGGCGCUGCAACAGCAUCAUUCCUAGGGGGAAUGAGGUGGGGGUUUGCUCUCCCAGAAAACAGUCCAGCCAAGCCAGACUGGCUGAACCUGGCUAAUGGCACAGUUCCUCCUCUGCUUGCCUGCCAAGCCUUGCUUUUCAAAGAUGUCACUCAGGGAGCAGUAAUGCUCAUGCUGGCCUUAGGGAUAGCACUGCAUUAUGACGUUUCCCUUCUUCCUACUUACCCCAGGUGGUUUAAAGUACUGAGGGUAGUGGGAACAACGGUGAUGAUAUUAUCCCUGUUGGCCACUGUAGCACUGAAAGCUUUCUUGGAAGGGGAGCAAAGUGAUGACAGAAAAAUAUGGCAGAACACAAGUAAAUAAACCAAUAAGGAAAAGCUUUUAUCUACCAAUAAGGUAUUUGUAUGGAGUUCCAGGAGAAGUAAAGACUGAUUUGUGCUUAGAAGUCAUAGGAUGGCAGGGAUCAAGAUGCUUAUUCUUGAAGCAAAAUGAUUUUCCAACUGAUUUUGAAGCUAGUUCAGGAGGGAAGGAUUGUAAAUAGCAGUUACUUCCAAGGCAAGCUUGUCUGUUCUUUUCUGUAGAACAAAGAAUUGCUCCUGAAUGAGAUGUUGCUGCUCUAGGAAUUUAGAAUGCAGAUCCAAAAUUACAUGGGUAUGAAUUGCUCUGUGCUGAACUAUGAAAGCAUCUGGUUUGACUGUAAUGUGUGAUCAUGUUCUGAAGCAGGGAAAACAAUAGUAACAAGGUGAAAGCUGUUCUAGUUUGGUGUUUAAAGAAGUAGCAGAGAAUUAAGCAAAAGCACAUUCUACUCAGUUGCUGUGUUGUGGAACUAGAGAGAA